UGCGAGGAGGGCAGCUCCCAUUUAGCACCACGGCGUCGCAUAUUUCCCGCUCACCUAUAGCCUAGUCGCACCUCUGCCGCCGUGGUCCCCAUGUGGCCCCUCCCUCACCGGACUGGACCGAUAAAUGGGUUAACUCUGUCACCGGGAGCGUCGGGAGAUCCCUUCCCAUCCCUCCGCUGUGUGACCGAUCUGCGCUCAAAGCUUUCGUCCUUUCUUCUCCGUGUUGAUUCGACAGAGCAGAUUGAAUUUAAAUCGUGAUUUAUCAUCUUCAUAAGAAGCGACCGUCAACAGCAGCGGCAGCGGCGGAACCAACACCAGUUCUUAGACCCAGACCCGUGGGCGGCUGGGUGGCGUCCGUCUGGGCGAGCUGACAGGACGAAGAUCUGGCACUCUGCGCUGCUUCAACAACACCCCAAAUUCUCAAGAUAUGCCGAUGAGAAGAGAGAUGUAGAAAACGGAUGGGAGGCCAUUCAUGUGGGUCUGGACUUCAGCUGAAACGGACAGAAUCAUCUCACACCACCACCACCACCCCCCUCCUCCUCCUCUUUCUCCUCCUCCUCCUCACCUAACCAGUUGAUAUUUUUGAAAUAACUAUCUAAAAAGUGUGGAGCACAUGACACACUGGUGAAUCCCCGAGGCAGGUCCAACACACAGACUGAAUGAGUCCACCUUUGGCUGUCGGACGGACUCCUCAAGAGCACAGGACGGAUGCAAACAGACUAAACACAUCUUGGCAAUUCAAAACACCCUCAGCAUCUCCGCCAACGGUGUUCUAACCGAGCGGGGUGAAUCUCACACCGGCACCGGGGGACCAGUCGUUUCACAGGCAGGGAGAAGAUGCCAUUCCACCAUGUGCGGGCGGGCCUGCUCUAUCCAGACAACUACCUGAGCAGCUCCCUGACAGAGGGCAGUGAAGCUUUCCAGCUCACCAGCAUCUCCACAGAGGAGCUGGGAGAGAUCCGCGAGGCGUUUCGUGUUUUGGAUCGUGAUGGGAAUGGUUUCAUCUCCAAACAGGAGCUGGGCAUGGCCAUGCGCUCCCUGGGUUACAUGCCCAGCGAAGUGGAGCUGGCCAUCAUCAUGCAGAGACUGGACAUGGAUGGCGACGGCCAGGUGGACUUUGAGGAGUUCAUGACGAUACUGGGGCCCAAACUGCUGUCGUCCGACAACCGAGAAGGAUUCCUGGGCAACACCAUUGACAACAUCUUCUGGCAGUUUGACAUGCAGCAGCUGUCUCUGGAUGAGCUGAAGCAGGUGCUGUUCCACGCCUUCCGGGACCACCUGACAAUGAAGGACAUAGAGAACAUCAUCAUCACCGAGGAGGAGAGCCUCAAUGAAACCUCAGGGAACUGCCCUGAGUAUGAGGGAGUCCAUCCUAAGAAGAAGAAUCGGCAGACGUGCGUCAGGAAAAGCCUGAUAUGCGCCUUCGCUAUGGCUUUCAUCAUCAGUGUCAUGCUUAUCGCAGCCAAUCAGAUGUUGCGGAACGGCAUGGAGUAACCAAUUGCACUGUGAGCAUGGGGAGUGGACAGAACAGCCAUGACCUCACAUCUUGUCUUUGCAGCCAAAGCUGGACCAGCCACAACCCAAGCACUUCUCUAAACAAUCAGUUGACUUUUUUUUUCUUUUUUUUUUAAGUUUAUUUUGAACUUAACCUUAUAGAAGCAGACAAUGAGAGUAAAUGAAGAGAUAUAUUUGUUUUCAUGCAGAGUAACUGGACUUACUGGUCAUAUGGAACCUGAACUGGAAAAGAAUUAUGUUUUUAUAUAAAUCAUGAGAGUAAAUAGAAGGAUUUAUUUUGCUGUUUUCAAGACCAAGACCACCCUUUAAACUUAAUUUUCUAAUUACCGAAAAUGCGUAUCAGGUGCUUUGAGCCAUUCUAAAAAAAAAAAAACAAACAACAGUUAUUAUGGACAACUGCAUAUUAACCCCAGAGAAGUUGCGCUGAAUGUGAACUGAGUGAAUGAGGGCACUGAAUGUUGGGCACAGUAUUUAAAUGCAUAGUAAAUCCCUCCCAUCCCUAGUUUUUUUUUUUUGUGAAUUGUCUGCGUCCUCGGCUCAGUCCACUAAUCUUUGAAAUCUUUGUGUAUCUACAAGGAGCACAACACAAUAAUCGGUGAGGGACCACUUAAGAAUCACCACUUUCCCACCAUCUCUGCUCUUUAGUCUAAGUACUGACUGAUUGAUUGACUGAUUGGUCACUCAACAUUUGUGUGAGUCUGUAAAAGACAAGCUCGGGAUGUCUGAGAGGUGUCAAAUAUAUAAAGGUUAAAAAACAAGAGACAUCAAAUCUCUCCAAUGAAAGUGGAGAUAUGGUUUUUGAAUAAUAACAGGACGAGGCUGAGAGAAAAUAUUUUUAGUGAUGUGUUGGGGGGAAAAUGUUUCACCUCAGCAUCUCAUUGUAAUACUGCCCAAUUGUGGUAAAUAUAGACCACACAAAAAGCAUGCCAGUAUAUACACUGCCAUACCAAACAUUACUCUAACCCCAGCUUCCCGUGGAUUUCACUGUAUAUAUAUAUAGUGCUACUUAGCUUGUGUAAUGUAUUAUUCCUCUAAACAACAGAAUGUAUGAUGGGUAGAAACUAGUGCGAUAUAUCAGGGAUAUACAGUAGAGCUGUGAAUUACUGUUUGCUACGGCUGCUUUCUUGGAAAAGGUUGCAUCCUGGUGGUCAAGAUGAGAACUGCAGCUGAAUGCUUGAACAGCCAUGUUUACAAGGUGUUCAAAAGUGAAGAACAACAGCACUGAUUUUGAGCUUGGAUGUGUGUUGUGUCAGUGUCACAAGGGCAGUUAGGUUUGUAUUGGUGAACAUUCACUAUUUUUAAUGGCAAAAUCAAGAAUUUUCUUUUUGUUUGUUUUUGUUUCCCACAUCCCAAAUUGUGCUGUUGCACUGGUAUACAGCUCAGGAUUGGAUGAGAGACUGAAGGUGUCAGCUGUGGUGCCUGUGAUGGUUUCUGGGGUCGUAUCUGUGUUUUAUGGUUCAGAUCUGAGAGCACUAACAUGUUAUAAAAUCUCACUGGGACGAGUUUUGAAAAGACCUUGUAGGUGUUUACAAUCACACUCCUCUUUUAUAAUGGAGCCGCCCGAGGUUGAACAUCCCAAUGACAACCACAGAUUAAAUUUGAGGAUGAAAAUUUUUUUUUUUUAUUAUUUUUUUUUUUUUUAUGUGGUUGCAGGGCUGGCCAAUAAAGAGAUGUCACUGUUUAUCUACUGUCAUUGGAAUUGUAUUGUGAUUAUAUGUUCAUUUUCUGUCGUUGUUUUCCAAAAUUCUCUUGUCCAAACAAAGAAUCUCAAACACAUUAUCAUUUCAAAAUAAGAUUACCUGAGAUUGCGUUUAUGUUAAAACACAUUUAAAGCAUCAGUUCGUUACAGUGAACAUCAUCUCUAUGAUUUCAUGUGAUUUUGAUUUUGUGAUAUUAAAAGUAUUUUCAUUAAUAUUGUGACAGUUAUUUCAACCAACCUGCCUGGCCCUAUGUGGACGCCAUCUUUUAAAACAGAUUUGUUGGUGUUCAUUGCUACAACAUUAACAUGUGUGGAUUCCUAAACUGCACGGUGCUCCCCUUGGACAUCACUGGAUCAGAGACUGUUUCGUUCCCAUUAAUACCCCGGAGCGAUUAUUUGCUCUCUCGUCUUUUGCUGGGAUGGACGAAAGCAAAUCUAGAUAUUUCAAUCAAACUGAUGUGCGACCAUGUGAGUUUAAAUGCCGUCUGUGUUAGAAAGUGUAUAAAGAGGGCAAGAGGGGAGAGGGCUUUCUUUUAAAAUAAAAAAAAAAAUAGCUUUGUAAGAUCAAGUAUAACAGCAAAAAUGUAUUAUACUGUAAAUCAGUAUGCAUGUUGUUGUUUAGAUUUCCGUGUCUUUGAAAGACAGGGAAAUCCAUUUAAUCUUUCUUUGUGGUGGCACAGCCUUGAUUUCAAUGUAGGUAUGUAUGUACUACUGUCACAUAUUUGACUUUCCAAUUUAUACUGUAAUAGCCAUUUUUUCUAGUUUCUACCAGCUAUUAAUCAAAUCAGAGUGCAGGAGAGGGCAUUUUCAUAAAUAUGCAAAUACAAGGUCACAUCAUCAUCGUCGUCGUCAUCAUGUCUGUUUCACAUCAUCUAGGGUAGAGUCUGUAGGCCUCACUGUGGAUGGUUCAAUUUGACACUGAGUACAAUAUAUUGUGUGUUUUAGCCACAUUAGGUUUUUAUGGAAUGUUUUCACUGCCCCAUAGUCCCGUAUAAACUGCUGUAUAAUGUAUGCUACACUUAUCCUCGUUAAGUCAGUUUAUGUCUUUGAUAUUCUCAGCACAUUGACAUUUGACCAACGGACCAUGUUUUCACCUUUGUCUAUUAGCGUCAUGGUCCUUUUGAAACCAGCAUAGACCACACUUUCUCUUAACAAUUCUCUAAUAAUUGUGCCAUUCAGACAUCCUUGCAUGGCUAUGUAAGGGAAACUCAUUUGAAAGACCUUUUACCAACACUUUUGAAGUUUACAUUGUUAUACUGUACAUCUGUAACAGGACGGAAUCGGUUCAUGAUUUUCAUGUUUUUGAAAGUUGCUUUUGAGAUUUGUUUUUACCAAAACAUGUUUUUACCUUGUAGAUUGUAUAGAGAUAAAAACUAAACACAGAUAUGUAAUACAACCUUGGCAUGCUGCUUAGAAAAGGAGAAAGAAAACAGCAAUAGUUAACAACUGAAUGGAUAUUUAAAAAUGCAAAUAACAAGUUUAAUCUGUUUAAUCUAAAAUUAUAUCCAUAUAUGUUUAUGCAAUAAAACCUUGUUUUGAUAGAAAUAUAA